GAAUACAAAACAUAUAAUCGCGUAGCUCAGUCAUGAAAUGUAUCCAAGAGCGCUAAGGAUAAAUUUGCGUACAGAGUAAGACAAAAAAAGCAGAAUGUUGAUAUAUUCAAACAUUUCCAUGCGAAAUGUCUGGUGCUUUCUGUGAAUUUUUACUUUUUCUUUAUUUUUCCACUUUUUUAUGAGAUUUUCGAUUCGGAAAUGUGUUCGAUUCAGUAUUUUGAUUUUCAACAAAUGAAUUUACAAAGACAGUGCUAGUGUGAGUGUGCUAUUCAAUGUGAAUGUGGAAUUAUUUCAAAUAAAACUGUGGGAAAAAAACUUAUUGAAAUGUUCGAAUUUAUUUAACGUUACUGAAAAUGAAUUAAAAUUGGUUUUGAAGAAAAAAAAAUAAUCUGCGAAAAUGACAAGAAUUCAAACAAAGUGAACGAAAACAAAGCAAUCAACAAAACGAUAAAAACGAUACAUUGAAACUAAUUCAUAUUGUUCUGAGUAAUUGAAUCAUUAAUAGGACAAGACAAAGAAAAUAUUCUUUGAAAAAAGAUUAACUAAUAAAAGACGAUAAAUUUUUGUCAAGAAAAAUCCUUUGGUAAGUGUUUGCAAGUGAAAGAAUGUUUUCAUAAUUUUCAUUUGAAUGAAAGAUUCGAAAUUUUCAAACAACUACGCACACGCAUAAACAUGGGCCAUUCGUGUCGUAUGUGUUCAAUCACAUUCACAAAUCGUUUUGACAUACGCGCGCCAAUGUUAUACGAACCACCGUUGAUUUUAUAUUGGCCCCAUAAAAAUCGCUCGCGCACACACACUUUCGUAAAAUUUUCUCCCAAACACACAUACGUGCAUAGUGCUUUUUUGUUUGGCUACAUCGAGCCUUACAUUUCGCGAGUAAUUAUGUCAUAAAAACGUAUUGGACAACGGCACCACCAAUUUGCCUAUGUGAACAGUUUCGCCUCAACGCCUGCCUGUUCGUUCAUUCGCUUGCCGACAAGCAUACAAACGCACGUACGCCAUUCGACUCACAUCAAUAUGGUAAUACUACAACAGACAUCACAAACACAUGCGUACGUAACAUUUUCGAAAGGAAACAUUGAUCACUUUCGCAUUUCAUUCUCGAUUUAUUUCGGAGGUCAACAUUUCAAUACUGUCAAAUUGUUUCAUGAAUUUUUAUUCUUGCUGCAUCCUAACGGCAUAGGGAAAAUUCAACAAUUCCAUUUUUUUGACUUAAUGUACGAAACAAUAGGUAAUACAAAGCUUCGGUCAUAUUUUAACCAAACAAAAAUAUAAUGCGAAAUGUUCCUGUUGAACGUGCACGGAAACACUGAUGCACGAUCGAUUGUGAAAUAGUUGUGUGUCUGUGUAUUGUGUUUGAAUAUCAUUGAAUGGCUCUAACCAUACGAAUGUCAGUAUGUGCUUAGGCCACAAAGCAUCGAAUACUUGAACAAAAGCGAACAACGAAGAAAACAGAGCAAACACACAAAAACACACCAACUAAUGAAAGAAAAAAUAAUAUGAACAACAGAAAGACUAUCGAAUAGUGUGUGAAACGAAAUGAAUAACACUCACAAUGCUAUAUAUUGCUAUGCAGUGUACGGUGUCUCGCUUCAUAUCCAGUCAAUGCUUGUGCAUGUAAGAUUUGUAUCUAAUACAGCAAGAGGAAAAACAAUCUAAUACAUGAAGUGGGCUACGGUGCAUAAUGCUAAGGCCUUUCAAAUCAUUUUUAAAUAAUUUACAAAAAAAUGCUGAGACUCUUUUCGGAUCGAAAAAUAAUUCACCAGACAUGAAUUCAAACGAAGAAGAAGAGGAGAUCGCUACAGAUAGCAUGUACAGUAUUGAUGAUUUAGAUCCAUUAGCUGAUCCACUAGCAUUGGACGAUGAACUUGGUGACCGGUCGCUUGAGGUAGCCAGCGGUUAUGUGUCAAGGAAUUCAAAUCUUAAUCUUAGCGAUUUAGAUAGCUCGGACGAUGGGCAAAUAAUACUCGUAGAUGUAAAUAGUUUGAAAAACUCCUUCACAAUUCCCGUUCCUUAUGCCGAUAAUACAUUGGAAAUUGCCACUACAACGCAUCCGCCAAGCGAAUCGAGAAGAGACACAAAUCAAAGCGGGCUAAUUUGUGAAACGACUAUAAACCAUGAUGUUGGCAUCGGUGAUGUUUCGUUUGAUCCGAUUGGUUUGACACUGGACGAUGAAAUUACGGAAGAAGUUGAAGGGUCUCGAAGUGAUGGCUCCGAUUCGGGCUUAGGUAUAGAAUUAUGUGCGGGAUUAUUAGCCGAUAAAACAACUGCUUCACCAAAUGGUGCAGUGCAUCCAUCACGAAGUAAUUUAAAACGAAGAUCGAACACGAGCGACCAAAUCGAUGUUAUUGACGCAAAGAAACCAAAACGAAAUAUCCAAUUUACAGAUGUAACCGUUUACUACUUUCCACGAAUUCAAGGGUUCACAUGCGUUCCAUCACAGGGGGGCUGCACUCUUGGCAUGAGUUCAAAGCAUAUCGAUGAAAAGUCAUUCACCCUGAAUGAACAUAUAGCUGAACAGAAGCGAAUACACCGGCAGCAAAUGCUCGAAAGAAGUCCCCGGCCGCCGUCGUCACUAAGCACAAGUUCGAUGAAUGCAAUACUACCGAGCCCAGCGCUGGUAGCCACAAAUCAAUUAACUGUACCUACAACAGCCACAACUACGACAACCACAACGUCUGGCGAUGACCGAUCGCGAUCAUCGACAGAAGAAUCUGAUAGCGAAGAAGACAUUUUAAGUGAUAAUAGCAGCUCUGAAUUAGACACCGAAACAAUUGGAUUUUUACAACCAGUUUCACAAAAACAGCGGAGGGCCUUACUCAAAGCGGCUGGCGUACGGGAAAUCGCCUCAAGCGAAAAGAAUGAAUGCCGUGACAUACGAGCGUCUCGUGAAGUCUGCGGCUGCAGCUGUAGAGACUACUGUGACCCGGAAACAUGCUUGUGUAGUCAGUCGGGAAUCAAAUGUCAGGUGGAUCGCGCCAGUUUCCCGUGCGGAUGUUCGACCGAUGGCUGCGGAAAUGUGUAUGGUCGCCUUGAAUUCAAUCCGAAAAGAGUGCGGACGCACUUUAUACACACAAUCAUGCGACUGGAGCUGGAGAAGAAACAGAAGAAAUCGGACAAACAAAAUACACUGCACACGUACGAUGGACGGCUGCGGCUUCGUGAAAGUGAUGAUGAAAGUUCCGUGGUUGAUUCCGGGGGCAUGAACACCCGAUUGAUCACCUACAAUCCUGCGAAUAACAUUUUAUACCCAACGACAACGAUGCAAUCGACGUCGGGCGUUGCAAUGAAUAGCCACUAUACAGCAAACGAAAUAGAUGGUUCUAGUCGAAAUUGUGCGGUUGCAUCGAUGGCCGAAACACCAUUGGAUUUGCAUUAUGCAUUUAGAAAUGAUUAUUCGGUGGAUCCAACGCAAGCAAACUAUUCGCUAAUGUAUCCGAACUCCAGCUACUAUACAAGCAGUACGCCGACAGCGUUCACUGACUUCAACACAAUGGGCAUCUCAAAUCAAUCGUCGCUAAUUCCGAGCUAUUCAAACUAUUCAAACAAUAUUCCAUACAGUAGUUUGAUGAGCAGCAUUCAAACUCCCACAACUGUUCCAAUUGCCACAACCGAUGGUGUUUCGUCGUGCUCGAGCUACAUAUCGACUGGAGAUCCAACCAACGAUUGUGUUCACAAUGGUUCUCUGUUUGAUAAUCAUGUGACCGAAGACUUUUUGAGCAUAAACCAAACAGCCAGCAGUUCCAAAGAUAACAAAGCGAUCGAUCAGUUUAGCGGAAAGUAUAACGACUACGUGAACGAUUCGAGCAAACUGUUGGAUGUGACUUCCGUGUCGGCAGUAGAUUUAAAUUGUUUGCUCAACGACGAAAAUCUCACGGGACACCCAAUUGACCAUCCAGUGCCAUCGACAACAAUAAAUGGAACAGUUGGUGCAACUACUUCCACAGAACCACAUGGCUCUUACAUGCGGUUCGAGUCGGACUAUGCAAAUAAACUGAACGCUACACACAACUACAGUCUAACGAAUGAGUCAAGUGGCAGCGCCGCUAGCGCCGUCAUUGUGGACGACAAAUCAAAUGAGCUAUUCCAAAAAGAUUCAGUGCUCACCACUUAAAGCAUAAUCAAUCGUAAAGUUUAGGUAUCAGUAAAACAUUGAUGAUGAGAAAGAGGAAGAUGUUUGCUACAGACAUAUGUGAAUAAUACUAAUUAUAAACAGCGGGAAGCAACAUUUCGAUAAACAAAAGUGCAUACGAUAUUUAUUAUGUAAGGAAUGAAAACAAAUUCGAUAGGAUUUUAUGCGACUGUUUUUUUUUUUGAUAAAUAUUCACGAUGAAAGCAAAUGCCUUCACUUAACAAAUCUAAACGAAUGAAAACCUAUUAGCUUAUGUUCGAUUUAUUUAUAAACUAUAUUUAACGUUAUUAUUGUUACUGUUAUAUUUUUUCGUUUUUUUUUCUUUUUAAAACACAUUUUUCCAAAAUUUUUGUGACAUUUUUUUUCUUUAAAUAUUGACAUGAACAUCUGUUGUCGGUCAGGGUUUUUUUCCCGGGCCGAAUACAAAAAAAAACCAUAUAUUUUGAUUUAACACUCUUAAGAGAGAAAAAAAUGAGUCACAUCAAACAGUUUAAGAAGAACAAAUUACAUAUAGCAAUAAUGAUGAUUGUUGACUAUGUCUCAUGCUCAUUUUCAAGAGAGACAACAAUGGGAGUUCCAUCGUUUCGACAAAAAUAAUUUAAAAUGCAUCGCGAUUUUAGACAUUGAUUGAAAUUGAAGGAAUUUUUUUUAUGCAAGAGCAACAUUGUUCAAGUCACACUCAACUUUCAGAUCAGAUAAUUCCAAUAAAAGUGCUUUCAACUCUAUCAACUGUGCUGCUUUUGCCAACAACACCAACCCCUCCCAUUUUUCUACCAAUCUUGCAGCAAUAGAAUUUGCUUUUUUAUUCCCCGUAGACAAAACCAACAUCACGUCCCAAAAGCAGAUCUAAGAGUAAUCGUAGGAUAACUUCAUAUUGAAAAAAAUACAAUUGAAAUGGAUUUCUUAGUGGAUUUUUGUUUCAAUCAAAAGAAUCAAAUUGAAUCGUAUGUAAUUUUAUGACCAGCACUCAUUAUUUUAAUGGCACAAAAAUUACUAAUUUGAACAAAUAUCGGUUUCGCAUGAUUAUGACAAAAAAAUGCAACAAUUUUUUUCGCAAUUGGUUUUUAACAAGAAAAAAAAAACAAAAACAACAAAUUUUAUAUCAUACAAGAUAGAAGACACGAUACAUAGUGAAAAUCGACCACAUCAAACAAUUUGUACAUACAAAUUUAUUCUAAAUUUUAAGCUUAAUGAGAACCAGGGCUUGUAAACUGAGGGCGACAAAGGCCCGUUCUGGAUGGAUUGUGAUUGAAUUUCAUUUGCAAAGAGUUAUGACGCAUUGAAAAGACAACAGAGAACAACAAGAGGAUCACUUUUUAUUUUUUUUUAAUAUUCAGAAUAAUAAAUAGUAAUUCAUCACACAACCCA